AAUGCCCUGAAGGAUAUUAUGGCUAUAAUUGUCAGGACAUGUGUAGUAUUAACUGUGGAGUCUCUGGUAGAUGUAACAGAGUGACAGGAGAAUGUCAGGAUGGAUGUCAGGCAGGGUGGAAGGACCUUAAAUGUGACAAAAAAUGUGAUGGAGGAAGUUUUGGACUAAACUGUACUCAGUCAUGUGGUAUUCGAAAUUGCUUUAGAAAUGAACAGUGUCAUCACAUUAAUGGGACAUGCUUGAAUGGCUGCAAUAAGGGUUACCAAGGAGACACUUGUACACAAGUGUGUCCAAACAGACGGUAUGGAUACAACUGCGAAGAAACCUGUACCAACUGUAGCGUUGUCAGGAGAUGUGAUACAAUAUCAGGGAAAUGUAACGUGUUUAAAGGAUCAUUAGAUUCUGAUACAAGUGAAGAAAACCUUUAUUUUGUGUAUGGAAUGAUAUCUUCUCUUUGCUCAAGUCUUGCCUUAAAUGUCGUUUUAAUGAUCUGGAGCUGUAGAAAGAAAACGCACAAAGGAAGGAAUCACCAGGAGAAAAUAACUACACAGAUACCUAUAAAUUUGAAUGCACAAAUCCAAGCUGAAGAACGUGAAGUACAUAAAUAUGACUCUCUGGAUCAAACAGAAAUAUCCACAGAGCCUUCAAAAUUGAAAACACAGAUCAACGACGAGGAUGAAGAUAGAGUAGUAUAUGAAGAUCCAGAGCAAACAGAGAAAUCUACAAAGCCUUCAAAAUCACAGAAAACACAGAUCAAUAAGGAAGCUGAAGACGGUGUAGUUUAUGAAGACCCGGAUCAAACAAAUCAACAGUCCAUUUAUGACUAUUAA